CUGGCGUUGGAAGUAGUUCCGGUGGUUUAGCAGCCGAGCAGCGCACAGAGACCCGGGAUCUUCAUGUUGCCGCUGAGCGCAAAAGCGAACAGCGGGUCGAGUCCGCCUGUCAUGACUGUCGAGUGACCACAGCAGCGGUCAGUUUGACGCCCGCAGAGCACCGUGCAUGCUGCCCGAGUGACAGCGUCAAGGCGCCGCCACAGCUUUUGUCUUCGAGGGGGAAUUUUCAAGUGCAGAAUAGGCGUCUGGAGCUUCUGUAGCAGAGUACAAAAAAAAAAAAAUUGAGCCGGUUCACGUUCACCUACGACGGCGUCUGAGGCUGAACCACAGCAGGUAUCAGAUACAAGAGGCACAGUGCACACAGGCUAGUGGUGUGAAGCUACACCGUGCCGCCAUGCAGCCAGCCCACGCUCCCAAACUUCUCAACAACAACAGCCACGGCAGCACAGCAGCAGCGGCCAUUGCAGUGGCUAAAUGAAGAACUUGUGAACAUGCACGAGGGAAGGACUCUACCUUUCACUUCGGUGACUUCCCCAGAUGCUUUGGCCCAAAGAAAGAUGGAAAGGAAUGGGAAGAACUUGAGCCAAGGCUGCUGCACAGCACCCAUUCAGUGAGCCAACAGGAGAUCCUCCAUACGCCACGUCGCUGAGCCUCUCACCCUUCCCUUUUGACCCCUCGACCUACAAGCGCCAUGACCUCUGAACUGGAGAGUAGCCUGACCUCAAUGGACUGGCUUCCCCAGCUCAGCAUGAGGGCAGCCAUCCAGAAGUCAGAUGGAGGAGGACACCACCAUGGCCACCACCACGGACACCACCACCACGGCCACCAUCACGGGCACGGGCCUGGCAAAAAAAUCGUCCACCUGGAUCCAGGAACAACGCUGGACCAGGAGGAGGCUGCGCAGCACAGAGAUGGUAAACCACCCUACAGCUACGCCAGCCUCAUCACCUUUGCAAUCAACGGCUCGCCGCGCAAACGGAUGACCCUCAGUGAGAUCUACCAGUGGAUCUGUGACAACUUCCCCUACUACCGAGAAGCAGGCAGCGGUUGGAAGAAUUCUAUACGACACAACCUGUCCUUGAACAAGUGUUUUCUCAAAGUGCCUCGCUCCAAAGACGACCCUGGAAAAGGUUCCUACUGGGCCAUAGACACCAAUCCUAAAGAAGACACAGUACCCAGCAGGCCAAAGAAGAGACCGCGCUCUGGAGAAAGGGGAACUCAGGCAGGCGUGGAGAAGCAAAGUGCACAAUCACAGUUGCUCAUUGGAGGAAGAAUUGAGGCAUCAACUCCUUACAGCCUGGAAUCAGAGUCUCUGAGAAUGGACUGCAUUAUGUCAGGAGGAGCCUCUCCAACUCUGGCCAUCAAUACCGUAACAAACAAGGUAGCGCUGUACAACCCCGAGGCAGAAGGCAGCGAGAGCCCCAGCAGUCUGGGUGGCAGCCUGAGCAACAGUCUUUCAGAGCAGAGUUUGGCGUCCGUCAACCUUAACAACCUGAACACCGCCGUCAGCAGUGGCAGCAACGUGCACAGCUACACACCAGUGAGUAGCCACUCAGAACCUUCGUCUCAGUCCCUGAGCCUUCAGCAGCCCGCCCAACAGCAGCCGCCGCCGCCUCCCCCUCCUCCCCCACAUCCCCAGUACGGUUUGCCCGUCCCGGAAUCGCGGGACAAGCAGCUCUGUUUCUCAGACUUCGAGGACCUCAGCGCUUCUUUCCGCAGUCUUUACAAGUGCGUGUUUGAGCAGUCCUUCUCGCAGCAAGGUUUGAUGGGCAUGCCUGGUGAUUCUAGCCAGCAGGCCCGGACCGCCUGCUCCUACCAGCACUCACCUGGUGCAGGAAGCGGCGGUGGCGGCCACCACCACCAACACAACCACGGUCAGGCAUCGCACCACUCCCACCACCCUCAGCAGCACCUCUCCCCUCACUCCACCCACAGCCAGCAUCAGGCACACGGUCAGCAUGCUCAGCAUCAACAACACCCUUCUCAUUCCCAGCAGCACCCGUCUCUCUCCCACCAGAGUCACACUGGACAGACUUGCCCCACAACAGGCAUGUCAUCAGACUGGUAUCCCAACCUGGACUGGCUGAAGGAGAGCUGCCGCAUUGCUACCAGCUACAACUGGGCUGACGUAGACCUCUCCCCAUUUCAAGGUCUAAAGGAGAGCAUGCGGCAGGCUGAGCUCAACAACUGGUCGCUGGACGCCGCCCAGAUGGCCGACCUGUGUUCCUCCAUUAACCAGUUCUUCACGGCCACAGGGGUCAUCCCCCCUCAGGGCGCAGCUCACCCACAACCUCAGGUCCAACACCCGACACCACCAGGAGCGCCGCAGCACCCAGCUCAGCCACACGGGGCGAUGCACCCAAAGGCCAGCCAGCACAAUCAGCACGGGCAACACAACCAACACAAUCAACACAUCAGCACGGGGAACAUGUACAUAGACUCGAGACAGAGCAUUUCCUCUCUGAUGGGCCCACCAGGAUACCCCCACAUGCCUCCCAUGAGCAACACGGCCCCCUCCAUGACAGGUGACUCCUCCAUCGCUCUCUUAACAGGCCAUCUCAGCCAGCUGAGCCAGCAGCAGCAACAACACAGGCUGCCUCUGGGACACUUCCAGGUGAGACGCAUGCUCACUGCAGACGACAUCCAGGACGACUUUGACUGGGAUUCCAUCGUCUAAACUGAGCCGCUGGUGGAUCAGAGGGAUGAAGAGAGAGAGAGAGAGAGAGAGAGAGAGACAGACUGGAAAUGGGAAAGAGAGAGACAUGUGAUGGCAGGUGAGGUAUUGACUGGCCGACCUGCUCCUUUUCACCUGGGUGAAAAAACAGAAGACAAUCCAACAGAAAACAAAAAUGGAUUUCAUUUUUUUGAUCUCGCUGGCCUUUUUUUCUGAACCAAGUGGAUGGUGGCUCUAAAGACAAUCAUUGAAAAAAAAAAAAAAGACUUAUUCGGGAUUGGACCAAGCCAAGAUGUGAACAUACAUCAUCCAAAGCAAAAAGGACGUCUGAAGCUUACUGAAUUGUUUUAUGUUUUGUCCCCCCUUUCCCCCAGUGCCAACAGGGUUACAAGUCGCCAAAGUGUUGUCAAAUCGUCUGUGAAUUGUUUAAAUCUUUUGUGUUUUCUGCUUCAACUUGUGUUCCGUGUCUACACAGUUUCAGCACUCGUGCCUGAAAUGGAUAGAAACCUGGUUUUCACCAAACUCUGUGCAAAAAAAAUAAAUAAUUCAACCCAUCUUACACACACACAUUAAGCAGGAGUAACCAUUUCAUCAUCUUUGUUCGCUUUAGUACUGGGCGUCUGUGUGGUCUGAUACAACUACACUGAGAAAAUAAAGAUGGGUGUACCUGAUCAACUUCAAUCAGUAAUGGUUGAGUGGAGCACCACCUACUGGUUCAAACAGGCACCACAUAGCUUCCUUUGCCUAAAAAAAGUUCUAUGCACCAUAAUGUGUUUGUUUUUGUUUAUCUUUGUUCUGUUACAUCAUUUUAAAUGUCAUUAUCGUGUGUGUGGAACAGUGCAUAGUGCCAUGUUCUCAGGGUGUUACAUUCAUGUACCAUAUCAGACCAACACAAAGCCAUUUACAUGUCUGUAUGUAGAGGUUACUUGCGUGUCGUACGGUGCUGUGUGUGUUUACUUCCUGUUGGCGAACAGUGAGCCUCCUGGCAACUGGUCAAAAAGUUUAUCUUCUUUUGUUCAGCUUAUAAGCUAUCUGAUACAAAAAUACUGUGGAAUAAGCUUUUCAGUAGCUCAAAAAGCAGCCACUAAUGAAAAAGAAAAUGAGACGCUGGCUAGACGUGGACUUUGUCAACAGUAAUACAUAGUUUUCUGAGAUAUAAUUCAGUUUUUCAAGGUUUUAUAAUUUGGGGAAAGUGCAUAUCAAUUAUGACCAGGCAGUGAAGGUCGGACGUUAUUUUAAGAAGCCUCAUUUAGGAGACGACGAGCAGUUUUUGCACAACACCAAACUUGAUAGCAUCUUAGUGAAUGAGAAAUAAAAGAAAACGGUGAACAUUUUAGUUGUUUAUUUCAAAAGAAAAAAAAAAGAUCAACAAAGACUAAACAAAAGUUUUAAAUGCUCAACUUUUUUUUUACUGUGAUGUUUAAUUUUGUCUGUGUGUAUAGUGUGUAUAGUCCUCUCUGAUUUCCUUUAGCGUACAGCUCAAAAAAUACACAUAAGAAACUAGUAAUUUGUUUGUAUUAAGUGGGUACACAGUAAAAUAUGGGACCUUAAAGUGCUCUUUUUGGUUUGGAAGAUCUCAGUGAUUGUUCGAAUGGUCAAUACAAGGUCUCAUGUUAAAAAAAAAGAAAAGAAAAGAAAAAUACUCUUUAUUAUUGCCAUUAAAUGCUGUAUUACAGUGACCAGCAUAUAUAUCUUGUCUUUGUGUGUUGUAGUCCUUGUAAAUAAGUAUGUUACUCCUAUGUUUGCCCAUGAAAAACACAGACUGAUAAAAAAAAAAGAAAGAAAGAAAAAUGAAAUGGAGAGAAAGUAUUUUGUUAUUUGUCCUUCAGGAGACACCGUGUGUACAUACCUUCAGUAUAUUGUAAAUAAGUGAUAAAAAAAGAAUUGGCAUUUGGCGUUUUGUGUGUCAUAAAUAAUCUGUGUAUGGCGGUUCAACAGUUAAGAUCUGUUUCAGUGUUUAUUAAAAUGUCAUUGAUCAUUUUUACUGCGCUAA